GCGAUGACAAGGCUGAUGGUUCCAGUGGUGCUGGGGAAGCUAGUAAACCUGCAGAGAUGCCUACGCAGAGAAGAAAACGGAUCUCCACCAUGCCAAAUCUUGUCAAACCCAGGGCUGGACCUUCAUCUGCUCAGCGUUCUGCACCAAGGCUGCAGAGGCGAACAUCACAGGCUCCUGAUGGCGGUGUUUCAUUUCAGAAGGAUUCCCCCACGCCAGAAAAGAGUAGCGUUGAGAGCUCUUUAAAGUCUCCCAUGCUUCCUGAGAAGAAAACACCCGUGCCACAAGUGCCACAGUUUUCACCGCUAAAGAAAUCAGUGAAUAAAGAGCAAACUGUUGGUGUGGCUGCUCAGAAAAAUGAUGACAGUUUGCAGAAGAGUGUACCCUCUCCCCUCAAGGAGAGACCAACACAGGAGAGAUCAGAAACACAGGAGGAAAAGCUUCCUAUGAAACCUUCUCCUGAAAAAGACAAACGAACGUGUUCUGACCGUGAAAGGAUCCUCAAAGCUCGGAAGUUAAGAGAAAUGCUUAAAGAAGAGCUGAAGAAAGAGCGGAUGAAGUUGAAACACAGACCCCCAGUAAUCGAAGGGCGUUCUCCACCAGAUCGUUCUAAAAUGACCAUGAGAGACUUGAUAUACUAUCUGCCAGAAAACAAUCCUAUGAAGUCUUCACUGGCAGAAGAAAAGAGAACAGAAAAAAAUUCUGCGCUGAGUCAACUGAAAGGGCAGGAGGAGAAAAGUACUCUUGGUCAUGAAGAAGAGGAGGAGGAAGAAGAAGAGAAUGGGGAGGAGAGUCAGGAUGGCCCACUUCUAGUUCCUCGUGUGAAAGUGGCAGAAGAUGGUUCGAUUAUUCUGGAUGAAGAAAGCUUAACUGUAGAAGUUCUAAGAACAAAAGGUCCAUGUGUUGUAGAAGAAAAUGAUCCCAUCUUUGAACGUGGCUCUACAACUACAUAUUCCAGCUUCAGGAAAAGUUUUUACACAAAACCGUGGUCAAAUAAAGAAACAGAUAUGUUCUUUUUAGCUAUCAGCAUGGUAGGAACAGACUUCUCCUUGAUUGGACGGCUGUUUCCUCAUAGAGCCAGAGCAGAAAUUAAGAACAAGUUCAAACGUGAGGAAAAAGCUAAUGGAUGGAGAAUAGACAAAGCUUUCAAAGAAAAACGACCCUUUGAUUUUGAAUUCUUUGCCCAGCUGCUUGAGAAGGUCUUAGCAGAUGAGGAAAAGAGGAAACAAAAGACUGUUAAAAGCCAGAAACCAAAGGAAAGGAAGUCACCAAGGCCUCGGAAGAAGUCAAAAGUAGCAAAAGCUGCCAGCACAGGAGCUGCUAAUGAUCAAGAUGAACUUCAGGAAGCCAGAAUUUCUGAUGAAGAAACAGAAGCAGACGGUGUGACGGCUGAGAAAGAAAAUGAGGAAUCUCUGGGCAUUUCUGAACAGGCAGAAGAACAGGUUGCGUUAGAAGCAUUAGCAAAAAAGAAGAGAAAGAGGAAGAGAAAAGAUGAUCUUGAAGAGGAGGUAGAGAAUAUUCCAGAAGAAAUGUCUGUCCCUUCAAAAAUUGCUGAAGAAGGGAAAUCCUCUAAUAAAAGGAAAAAAGUGGUGCAUGAUACAAGCAAUGAUAGUCAUACUACCUGUAGAGAAGAACUGGAUUGUGCUAUUGAAGGAAAACAAGAUGAAAGUGCUGUCACAGAGGAAGAGAGAUCAGAGUCCUGUUUACCAGUGACUGACCAAAUGGAGAGAGAAGAUGGUGUUGAUUUAUGCAGCUUUGAAGAUGUCAACAAUGUUAUAUUAGAAACAGAGUCAGCUAAACUGAGAACCGGGGAUAUUAGAGACGAUACAUCACAGGAAAGCCACACUUCAGAGUUACCAGUUUCAAAGAUUAGAAGCCAAGAAAGGCAAUCUGAAGAAACUAGAGAAACAAAGAACGAAGACAUACAUCACUCACAUAGACCAGAUGAAAAGCAAAGUGCAUCAGAAGGUGGUUCUCAGUCUGAAAUCAUGAAAACUGAAAAGUCAGCAGACAGAAGGCGCUUGCAAAGACCUAAACCCAAUUUGAUGAGAUCAUCUGGAAGGAGGGAGACAGCAGCACAAGACAAAAUGGAGUCGGAAACUUCCUCUCCAAACCCUGAGAAUACAGAUGAAAAGUGCUCUGAGGAGGACAGUAGAAGAAGAAACAGAAAUGAAGCCACAGAAGUGGAGAACAGAGAUUUGGAUAACGAAUCUGAAGAACCUGAAAAAACUGCAGUUGUAAAGACAGUACUUAGAGGAUGUCGACAGAGAUUUAAACCUAAUAUUACAAGAGCAUCUGGAAGGAAAGAAGAACCUGAAAAAGAUGCAGGAAAUGAUAAAAUGUCCCAUCUACAGCUUAAGGGGGAAACUGAAAAGAAUACUGACCAAAGUAAUAGGUCUGAUGUUACCAGUGAAGAAGCUGCAGAAAAAGAUGACCAAGUCCUGGCUACAGUGUCUCAGUCUAAUGAAACAGUGGGUUUACAAGAAGACAGCAAACGGAGUUUGCUGAAUCCUACCCCUCUAAGGAGAGGCAGAGUACAGAGACCAAAACCAAAUCUAGGAAGAACUGUUGCAAGGCAAAAAGAACUGAUAGAUGAAAAAGAUACUGAAGAGAAGACAAUUAAAGGUGGAGAAGUAGAAAAAGAUAUAAUGCACCACAGAGAUGAAAACAAUGACCCCUGCCUCAAAAGUGAUUUGACAGUUCUUGAAGACACUCAGCCAUGCACUGUGAUGUUAGAAGGGGAUGUUUCUACAGAUUCUGAGAUGAACUCAAAAUCUACAAGACAGUGUUUCCAAGAAAAGUCCUCAGAAGCAGAAAGCUGUGAAAGUGAAAAGGGAUUGUCAGAUGCCUUGAAACAGGUUUCAGAUUUCAAUACAGGGGAAUCUCAUCCUCAGAAGGAAGAGGAGAAAACUGUUGUAUCAUCAGCUCAGCUACUUAGGAGUCGAUUCCAGAGACCAAAGCCAAAUUUAAGAAUGACAACUAAUAGAAAAGAAGUGCUGGAUAUAAAUAGUAAAGGUGUAUUACAAAAAGAUAUCAACAAGGAAGAAAGUUUGACAAAGUGUGACAGUGAAUGUAGUAUCCUUCCUGACACAGAUAAAACAGGAAAAUAUGAAGUCCUAAAACCACUAGAACCUGUGGGAAAGGACAUGUCACUUCACCUUCAGGAGGUUUCUGAGAGGCCAAGUUGUAAAUCCCCAAAAACAUCUUCAAGAUCAGAGGAUGGUGAACUUGAGCUGUGUCUACCUGAUAUUAACCAAGAUGACAUUUUAACUACUAACACAGGCAAAAAUAGCACUGAAGAAGAAAGUAAACUAAAACCUCCUCCACACAUCCAGUUAGUGCGGAGCAGUUUCCAGAGGUACAAGCCAAAUGUGGUAAGAGCUGUUGGAAAGAAGGAGUUACAAGUAUCAGAAAAUGAAAAGAAGAAAAAGCUUGAAGAAAAGCACGUAGUAUUGCAAAAAGAUGAGUUUGCCAGUACUGCCAUUGGUGAAAAUGAAGCUGUAUUGUGUCAAGCAGAUGUAUUGAGCAGAGAGGAACAGGAACAGCAAGAGGUGCCUCAGGUGCCCUCUAUUUCUGGAAACAUUUUAUGUGAACAAAGCAGUGCUGAAAAAUCUACCUCCCAAGAAGGCAAGCUGGGUGCUCAGAAACCAGGACAACUCACAAGGCUUGAAGCUCUAAGAACUGGACCAAACUUAGAAGAAGCAUACAGCAAAAAAGUACCUCCAGUAGCACAAAAACUUGCUUCUCCAGAUGAGGAAGAAAUGCAUAAAGGAGAAAAACUGUCCAUGGCAGAAGAAUCAGAAAAACCUCUCUCAACAGGUGACAUAGAGGUAUUGUUUGUGGGAAAUUUGGCCAAGAAUGACAAUCUAGACAUAAAUUCAAGAUGUAUGAAGUCAGAAAUGCUCUGUUCCUCUAAAAAGCCACCAAACAGCCACAACAAGGAAGGGCAAGAAGAGUGUCCAUCUACAGAUGCUAUGGGAAGCAUUCUGGGUGCCACAGAAAGGUCCAGUGAUGAAUUAAGUUCUGGAGAAGAAAGUGAACAGAGAGCAAGGGAACUCCACAGGAUCUCAAGGUCAAACAUAAUGAGACUUACUAGAAAAAGGGAUUAUUUCAAAGAAAGUGAAAACAAAGAAGAGGGCAACACUGAGAACAGAAAUGAAGAAGAAUGUUUGCUGUUAUUAAAAACAGAUGUAUCAAUGCAAAAUUCCAGUAACAUAGUGGAAGCUGCAUCCUUCUUAGAGUCUACAGAGAAACACAAUUUUACAGAGGAUGUUGAAGAAACAUCUUGUAAACGAACCAGGCAGGAUAUUACACUCCAGUCUCCAGAGAUAUCCUCAGAGUGUGAGAGUCAAGUAGAACAAGAUGAGGAUUUUCAGCUUUCUACCUCUGAGGAGAAACAAUCAGACAAUCUCACAAGAAGGCAGUUCAGGCGAUCAUCAAAACGGAUAGCACUGUCAAAACAUGUGUUGGAGCUAAGAACUGCGGCUUCCUCUGCCUCUGAAUGUGAGGCUGAUUGGAGUGAGAAGGGGAAUCAAAGGCAAGAAGCUAAACUGAGUGUUCCUAGAGGCAAAAGUUUGAAAACUAAACAUAGAAAGAAAUCUGAGAAGGAACCCAGAAGUUCAAAGAUAACCUUCGUCACCCUCCGGGCUUCUCAAGAGGAGGAGGAUGAGGAGGCAGAUGACUUUGAACUUGAUGAUGAAGAUGAAUGCUUUUCACCUGAGGAAGUGAACAAGGCUCCAGUGUUUGUUCCUGUAGGUCUUCGAUCUCCAAAACCUGUUCCUGUUCAGAUAGAGGAAACCAUGGAGGAGCUUGAAAUAUCUGUGAAUGUACCGGAUAUGCAAACAGCUACUGAUGUUGAAAGUCUUUCUCAUGCAUCUAUCCAACCGGUAGCACAGAGGGAAGAAACAGAAACUACCAUACAUGAAAAUCCAGAUGCGAACAAAGGAAUUAACGACGGAAGCACUGAAGCUGCUAUGACUUUACUUGCCAUGGGUGAUCCAAAUUUCCAGUUAAAAACAAGCCCUGAAGAACGGACGCACACGUUACCUGCUCAAGACACUUCUACCAAGGAAUUGCUGCCUUCUGAGGAUGGAAGCAACAUCAAUGUAGAGAAUCAAAGCACUGGCACAAGAAUUGGCAUAGAAGAAUAUUUGGAGAAGGAUGCUACUGACACCAGCUCUUUGCCUGUGGUGAGUAGUAUGGAACUGACAGGAGACAGACUCCUGCAGCCUGAGCCAACCUUUGGAGUAUUGAGGUCCAAUGAAAACAUAACACAGAAGUUACUUAACACAAAUGUACUUGUGGAACAACUAGAGCAAAUUCAAACUGAUCCUACAACCGUGAGGGAUACUGCAGAAAUGCAGAAGGUGGAACUAGAACAGAUCAGACCAACUGCAGAUGAUUCUUCAGUUCUUCAUGAUUUUGCAGCUCAGAGUAUGGAACUUAUUGAGCAAGUAGACAAAACUGAGAGAGCAGAAAAACAGAUGAGAGGUGCUUGUGGAAAUUCAGGAGAUAUAAGACCUGUAACUGCAUCCCCAAAAUCUGAAAAAUCACACCUUGGACUAGAGGAUUGUCCAAAUCAAAGUUCUGUGGAUGAAGUUCCUGAGCAAAAUCCUUGUCCUCUUGAGCGCAAUAUAUGCACAAUCAACUUUACUCAGAAUGAAGCUUGCACUGAGGAUGCUCGACAACAGUGCGUAAGCAGCACAGAAGAAACUUCAGUAGUGAACGAUGAUCCUAGAUGUCCAGAGGAGGAACAGACAUUCGUUUUAACAUUGGUGGAAAUCCCAGUUGACUCAGAAGAGUUUGAUGCAUCUGUUGUACUGGAACAAACUGCAGAACCAUUACUACCAGCCCCGAUACUUAUCAGUCCAAUAAAUGCAAGUGAAACAACUGUGACUGAAGUGGAAAGCACUGGGUCCAUGACAGCUGCAGCUGGUAAAAUUGCUACACCUUUAAACAGCAGUAUGGAAACCAAACAACUAGACAGUGCAUCAGCAGACCCUGUUCCAAAGUUGCAGACAACUCGGAAACGAUCAGCUGCUGAGCUUCAAGAGAAUGAUUUUCCUACUGCCAAGAAAACUCUGUCUACUGUUGCAGUGGAAGAUAGCUUGGAAACCUCUUGUAAGGGUUAUUCAAUUAAAUCCAAAGAUGCACCAAUGAUAGCUUCUGGCAAUCCUUUUCGAAAAACAGAGCCUUCAGCAAAGGAGAAAGUACUUACCUCUGCGUUGGUGUCUAAGUCUAUGUCACAACUCACUAAGAGAAGCCAGCCUGAGACUUUGCAGAACUUAUGGAAAGCACCACUUGAAAAUUCAGCAUCCAAACAGGAAGAGGAGGUGAUAUCUAGAUUAACCUCUAACAGAAUAGGAGAAAUAAGUGGACAAGGAAAACAGGAGAGUGUGCAUGAGUCUGGACAGUUGGAAUAUACUGGAAGCCCAUCAUCUUCAAAAACUCCAAUACUCAGGGGCGGACGAAAACCAUUGGGAUUUUUAUCUUUAAUUUGCAAAAAAAGUAGUUCUGAAUCUGCAGAAGAUACCAAAGGAAAUAGAGGGAAGAUCCAAAAGCCUCAAACUGUGACUCCAAAACGAAGUCUAAAGAAACCCACUCCCUCCACUAAGUGUGAUAGGGAAACUUGUUCCCUUCCCUCUACAUCUGUGGAAUAUGAGCAUGUAGCUGCUGAUGCUGCAGUUAUGGUUCCAAGUAACAACUCAUCUGAGAAGGCACCUCUUUGUGCUAAAGAUCAAGAGAAGGAAGAAGAACCAACCAGAAUCUCUGAGUAUUUUUUCAGUGACAUCUUUAUGGAAGUGGAUGAUUCAGAAUAGCAAAUGGGUUUUAUAAAAACCUAGGAUUAUAGGAUAUACUGCAACAAGAAAAGAGGAUUUUUUUUUUUGUUCUGACAUUUGUUAUGCCACACUUACUAUCAGCCAAUAAUAGUGUUGUUAAUUAAUACCAUAAAGAUGAAAUGGAUUCCUUCGGAAGCAACCUGGAUACUUUCAAAAUGUUGACAUAAUCUAAACCACUACAAUGAUGUCAUUGGACCACACUAGAGACUGCUGACCUGUAGUUUUACUUGUUUAGAUGCUGGCAUGACUACCUUGCAGGAAAGUGCAAUGAAAUAAUGUUUAAUCUUGUAACAAUUAUCCCUUUGCAUUUUAAUGCUAAAGCUAUUGGUACUGGCUAUACAAAUUCUUUACUUCUUUUUGUGAAGUAUGUUAUGUUAGGAGGAAUGAACCUUUUAGGUAGAGUGUAAUCUCUGAAGAUCAGAAUGCAAAUACUGGAAGUAGUGUAGUAAAUACGUAGAUAUGUUAAGCACUGCAGGUAUUUUUAUUAGAAUCUCCAAAUUAUGUAUUUUUUUUUAACAGUUUUUAAUUACAUAAAUUAAAAGAUCCCAACCUGAAAAGCCCCAGGGGGAUUGGUUCCUUAAACGUGUAUUGAAAACUAGACAACACCAUUUACUAAAACACAUUAACAUGAGGUAAUCUUUGCAAUGUUCAUCACUGGGAGGAAGAGAUUGAUGUUCCCUAGUAUAAGUGCUAAUUUUCUUCUAAAUUGGAAAACAAAGUGAUCGAUACCAUUUCUUUUUCUUGGUUUUACAUGUAAGUGUUUGUAUAUUUGCUGACUUCCUCGGUUUCCCUUCUGCAAAGAAGCACAAAGAGAUUGGAUUUAAACCAUGACUGUGCAAUGUCAUUGUUUUGAAGAUUUGCUGCUUUGAAGCACUUCAGUUUGAAGGGUUUUCUCAUGUUGCAUGUCUACUUGUAUUGUAACUUGCUAUAAAAUUCCAGUGUAGCUUUAGGUUUUUUACUUACCUCAUCAAGAUGAUGAGGUAAUCAGGUUUAUGCAGUGUCAAAGUGUCAGGUGGUCACUGACAGAUUCAGUAUUUACUUGGAAACUCCUGCUUGCAUAGGAAUGAGUGUUUAGAUUUGAAUGGUCUAAAUUUUUGUCCUGUUAAUUAAUAGUAGCAGGUACUUUCACAAAAUAAAUUAUUUAUUAUUAAUGUGAAACUGAAAUCUAUUAUCAGCUUUUAACUGGGUCAUUGUUUACUGGCAGGUAAAUAAUAUAAGUAUGCAGUUAAUUCUGAAGGACUUGAGUAAGUUCGAGAAUGUUUGUCUUUUCAGAAGUUAUUUAAAAUUUUGUCAGUGAGGAAAAAUAUAAAAGCUACUGUUACUGCAGAUUGAUAUAUUACCAGGCCUCUGUCAAUGAAAUGUCACUGUCAGCAGUAUUCCUUGAGGUGAUAGAAAAGGGACUAAUGAUCCCAGUGUGAAGUAACUUAUUUGAAAGCAUAUGAUCAACCCACCUCACCCCCCCCAAAAAAAAACCCUCCAAUAGCACCAACAGUUUCUGUUCAGAUGGUAUCUUGUACUUUGCCUAAUCCAUUUAACUUGAAAUGUUUAUCUAGUCUUACUGUACAUUAUAAAAUAGACUUAUGUAUACAUAAAACUAUGUAUUGUAUAUCUUGUAGAUAUUGUUUUAAGUAUGCAAGUGUUUACUUACUUCCUGAUACAUGUGGCAUGUUUAUAUCACUUGCACUCAUAGAGCCUAAAAAUAGAAUUGUGGGGAGUAUCUAUGAAACAGUUGCUGUGAGUACCUUCUGAAUGAGUACUGAGGGGAUAAUCAUUCUGCAUUUAGUUGCAUACAUUUUAGCUUGCAUUCAGAUUACAAGGUGGGGAAAAAAUCAACUAUUUCAUUACUAAGAUUUAUGGUGCCUUAUCUGAAUCGUUAAUUGGGGUUAUGCUUUCUCUUUCCUUGCAGUAAAUUCCAUGCACUUUGUUAGAUUUUUUUUUUUAAAGAACAAUUUUAAUUUGAAUAGAUGUAGGUCAGUUCUGUGUUCUGUUUUGUGUAUGAAAGUUCUAUAAUGAUGAAGGAUGUAAGAAAAUAUGGAUGAAAUCUCAAUGCCUCUGAGUAGCAUUUUUACAAAGAUGUGGCAUAAGACUGCUUUGCUUAGAGUUGUCUGACACCCUGUAUCAUUGUAUAUGAGCUUUCUAUUUCAAGGAAAGUACUCCUAUUCUCUGUGUAAAUUAUGUGAAUAAAUUAUUUUCUAUUA